AUGCCACCUAAGUUCAAAGAAGAAAGAAUAAAAGCUGAGGUACAGCAGAUAAAGAACACAGGUGCUGCUCUGCAGAAGGGUGAGGUCCACUGAGCCAAGGCUUCUGCAGACCAGCUGAAGCAGACUUUGCAAGGGCUGGAGGCUGAGCUGGAGGGGGCCCCAAGUGAAGGGAAGGCCAUAUAUGUAGAGAUGAGUCAUUAGUGCCAGGUCCUGCAGGAAGAGAUGUAAACCCAUACCAGGCACCUGAAGAAAGAAGUGAGGAGCCUUCAAGAGCAGCUAGGAAAAACGUAUCCUCAGAGGGAAGCUGAGGCUGCACGGUGAGAAGCUAAGCAAGCCCUCAGAGAGUGGGACUGAACUCUGGCUCAGCUUCGGACACACACAGCAGACAUGGAAGCCAAGUGUGAGAACAUCUUAUAUGGCAGCCUAGACAGGCUCUUGGCUAAGCUCAGAGCCAUUAAGCCUCAGUGGGAUGGAGCCAUGUUCAGAUUCCACACCAGGUACAAGGAGCAGCUCUACCAGUUUGGAUUCAACCCCCUGGACCUUUCAGAUUAUACACAUAUAGUCUCAGGGGCCCCAACAAUAAAGAUCUCUUAA